AUGAGCAGUCGGAAACGAACUUGCUACGUCUGCCGUAUGGUUCUCGAUAACCCGCAUGCACAGCUGGGAUCGAUGUGCAUUCCUUGUGGAGAGUUCAACCUCGCGGAGAGAGCAUUGUCGUUACCCGAGAACAUGUCACUCAAGGAUAAGACCGCCGUCGUUACUGGUGGGCGUGUCAAUCUCGGCUUCCACACGGCCCUACGGCUACUCCGUUGUGGUGCUGCUGUCAUUGUAUCGUCACGUUAUCCGGAAGAUGCGCUCUCACGAUACCAACAGGAGGCAGAUUUUGAUAAAUGGGCUCAGAAAUUGAGAAUCAUCGGGGCAGACUUCCGAGCAGCAGCUGAUGCUUUCGCUCUGGUCCAAAGCAUCAAGAAAACUCUACAGCAAGAAGGAUGGGAUCUUGACCAUCUGAUCAACAACGCCGCCCAGACUCUUACGGAUCCCCUUGAAAAAGAGGAACGUGCCAUUGAACAUGAGCGGUUUCUGCUUGACAAGCCGUCGAGCGAUGGGAAAGGUGUGGUCGUACGCCAAGGUUACUCACCAAGAGCACGAGGUGGUGCCGGCAGUCUUCCCGACGGUGUAGCAGGAAAGGUUUCUGGCAGUAUUGCUGGGCCUUCAGCUCCUAAGAACACAACCCUUUCUGACUCAAUGUCUAAGCUACAAGUAUCUGGCGUGGAGACACCAACUCCAUCCUCUUGGGUCCAGUCGCUCUCGGAGAUCCCUUACGAGGAUGUCAUCACUGCACACAGCGUCAACACGUUUGUGCCUCUGAUAUUGAUCCGGGAGUUGCUACCUUCGAUGCGAAAAGGGGGUCACAUCGUUAACGUCUCGUCCAGAGAAGGUAUAUUCGAGUCAGCGUACCGCACACCCGCCAAACAUAGCAAGCACGUCCACACCAAUAUGUCGAAGGCUGGCCUAAAUAUGAUUACCGAGACGGAGGCGCCGACGGCUUGGAAGCUAGGCGUGGCCAUGAACACUGUCGAUCCGGGCUACAUGAGUGCCGCUCCAGAAUUUGAGCAGGCUUAUGGCGGCGAGCGGCCCAUUGGUUGGGAGGAUGGUGCCGCCCGCGUCCUGUGGCCCAUAGCCAGGGCUGGAAGGAAGGGGUCAUAUUCUCCUCCUAUUCGGGGACAAUUCUUGAAGCACUAUGGCGGAGUCAGGGUUGAUACCCGGCUGGGCCGUGGAUGA